AUGCCACCACCGCCCGUGAUCGUUGUAAACAUGCCAGCAACAGACACACCCGUGCCCGUCCCCAUGCCCUUCCCCUCCACCUCCUACCCCUUCCAACAACAACGCACUACCUCCUCUAGGUCUUCUUCUCAAGACCAUGGGAAUCCACGCAGACGACGUACCUCGGACUCGGGCUCGUCUUCUUCUGAUAUGACGCAGGGGUAUUCCAGGCCACAAUAUGGCUCUGCGAGCAGGAUCGUUGUGUCUGACGGGAGUCGGCACCAGCAGCAGCAGGAGGAGAUGCGGAAGCGGGAGGAGGAGAUCUUGAGGAGGCGCACAGAAGCGAAACGGCUGCAGGAGCAGGAGGCGAUCGCUCGGAGGCAGCGUGAAGCGGAGAAGGCGGCUAGAGCUGCGAGGCAGGGACUUGCAGGCCCUAGCCCUGGGGGGCAGGCUGCGUUCCCUGGGCAAACGGCUCCAUCAUCAUCGGUGUAUGACUCACCACAGUCAAUUCUUUCUCCACUGAUGCUUCUUCCCUCGACGAUCAAUUAUUCUCACCAGCAGCAACAGGCUCCUACUUCCUCAACAGUCAACUAUCCCCAGCAGCGGCAACAACUGAAGCAACCAUCAUCUACUAGAAACUAUCCCGAACAACAGCAUACGGAUGGGAUCGAUAACGAACGCACACCUGAUGUCCCUACAUUGCCCCCAGUACCGUUACCGCACUCUGCUGGUCCCCAUCCUCGACGCGGAGGUGCUUCUCAUUCAGCUCCGGAGUCAGCUCGAUAUCAUAAUCAUCCUUCAGCAUAUAGUCCUCGUGAUCGCCUUUAUAAUGAUGAUGGGCCUGAGGAGGAGUACAUAGACGAGCUUGGGCUUUCUGGAGACAACUCUGUUCGACAUAGUCCUAUAAGAUUACCGUCGUGGUCUAGGGAAGAGGAUCAUGAGACUGACAAGGAGGAGGAGGAGAGGAAGGGGCGGGAAGAGGAAGAGACGGGGAAGAGGAAGGAGGAUGGGUCGAAGAGAAAGGAGGCGGAAGACACGAGACAUGGUUUCCAAGACUGGGAUGCAAGUGGUUCGUAUUCUGAAGAAAGAAAUUCUUUGCUUUCCUCAAGUAUUCUGGGCUUCACUUUUGCGGAUUGCUUCGGCCACAUUUACCGCGACAGCCUAACGACGACCAAGUCCAUAUCUGUUGCUCUUCUGCCACCCCCAGAUGACUCCGUCCCUCACUCCGAAAGCAUUCAAGAGCGUCUAUGUCGACUUGAUGAGAUGGACCUGUCCGGGUCCCGCAUAUUGCUUCUCGAGAAGAUUCAUCAAGAAAUGUGGGCCGAGUUGCCAACCAUCGGGACAAUCAAGUGGGAUGACCUCCCGUGGCCAGUAUUUGUCCGGACGACUUGCCCAGAGGAUUUGAUGUUACACCGAAUCGUUUCAUAUUUGUUACAGAUUUCAAGCGGAAUUGAUAUCAAAGAAGCGCUCGUGGAUUCUAGGCGGCUGCAGUGGGCUCAACAACGUCUUCGGAUUCUUCUCAGACACUGGGGACAACCUGGUUUGCAAAAGAAAGUUGAAAACUCUGCAGACAAGACUAUAGUACAAGGUGUAAACGUUGUUACGAAUCAUCUUGAAAUUGUUCUCGAUUUUGUGAACAUGCAUCAAAUCGAUGAAAAGCGACCUACACAUCUGACUACAAUCAUUUCACAAACGUUUCUCAAACACGUUGGUGGAAAUCUGGCUCGGAUUCUUACAAACACAUCGGACAACUCUGGUUAUAAGUCUCUGCUCAGGUUGAAGGGCAAUAGCGCUCAGAAGAUGCUGAAUUUUUUGCAAACACUCCUUGAUUGUUCGGAGCUAGUUUCUUUGCCGAGGAACGAUAUUUUAGGAGCCCUUCUGCGCCUCUCAAAAUUAUCAAAGUUGUAUCCCGAAUGCCUGACUGUAACGGAUCUUGAACGGGACAACUACAUGGUGGACUCGGGUCACUUUGGCGAGAUCUAUAAAGGUCGUUCCCGCAACCAGGCCAUUUGCCUGAAAAUUAUUAAAAUAAAUGGGAAGACGCAAAUUAAGCAUCUGCUGAAAGCUGUUUUUAAAGAGGCCCUACUUUGGGGACAUUUGUCGCAUCCAAAUAUCCUCCCUUUCUAUGGAAUUCAUCAUCUAGAAGAUGCGCAUGGAAGAAUCUCCUUCGUAUCUCCAUGGAUGGAAAAUGGAAAUAUAACUGAAUAUCUCAGGAGGCAUCCCCACGCGAACCGUCUACUUUUGAUAUGGGAUAUCAUACUAGGGGUUCAAUUCCUCCAUGAGAAUCAAGUCAUACACGGGGAUCUCAAAGGCCUGAAUGUACUUGUGAAUCGUAGUGGACGCGGUUGUCUCGCUGACUUUGGAUUGGCCAACCUUGCUGAUGAAGAUAUCCUCCGUUGGACUUCAAUUCAGACUACCGGACAUCAGAGCAAUGGGACAUUACGAUGGCAGGCACCAGAGUUGAUUGACCCACCUUCUGAGGAAUCGGCCAAGGCGACGCCAGCCAGUGAUAUUUAUUCUUUCGCAUGCGUCUGCUAUGAGAUUUAUACGGGACAUAUUCCUUUCCAUAGGAUCACCCGCGACAUUACGGUCAUGAAGAAAGUGAUUGAUGGUUCUCGGCCACCUCGUCCAGCCGGCACAACCUUCUUGUCUGAUGAAAUUUGGAAGGUGAUCGAAAUGUGUUGGAAUCAACAGCCUCAAGGCCGUCCCAGUGCAAAUUCGGUCAUAGAACAACUUCCUCUUGCAGGCAUCGUGGAUGAUAGGCCAAGUGGUGAUGACCACCUGGCUCCCUCCGACUUUCGCGCCGCUGGCCCCGGAAGCUUGGGUGUGGUGUUCGAUCUGGCAGCAAUUGAUGUUAUCCUCUCUUCUGUUCUCAGGUCUACUCGGAAAAUGAAGCUGAACCACAUGCCACCAUAUAUAUAA